AUUUAAUCGAUUGCAUGGAGGUUGGUCGGUCGGCGAUGCCGAGCCGCCUCAUUCAUGGGCCGGGGCCUACGCGACCUGAGCCUCGGUGCGGCCUGAGCGGGGGGAGAAGCCUGAAGUAGGCCGAAGUAGCGCGAUAUCGUUACCACUGUCUUUAUUAUUACCACUGCUGCGACAACAACAGUGGCCUUGUUAUUAUAGUUGCCUUGAUGCUAUGAGUCAUGUUGGGUCUCCUGUCGUCGCGGCGCAACGGAGCGGACGAGCCGCCCAGGCUGCGCGUCGCCGAGUCCACGCGAAGGGUGUUCAACCUGGAGCUGAGCAGUGAGCGGGAUGUAGAGUGCGUGCACAGCAGUGGCGUCAAUGUCCUCGACAUCGACCAAGCAGAAAAUAAGUAUAUGCUCUCUGGAGGAGCUGAUGGAGUGAUUGCCAUCUACAACCUGGAGAAUGUCUCCCAGAAACCUCAGUACACAUGCAAGGCCAUCUGCACAGUGGGCAGGUCCCAUGCACAUGUGCACCAGUACAGUGUGGAGACGGUGCAGUGGUACACCCACGACACAGGAAUGUUUCUGUCAAGCUCCUUUGACAAGACACUCAAGGCAUGGGACACCAAUGCUCUGGAGCCGGCAGAAAUUUACACAUUUUCGGAAAAGGUUUAUUGUCACCAUAUGUCUCCAAUUGCAACGCAGCACUCCCUAAUUGCAGUUGGAACCAGUGGCAGCAAAGUGCAGCUGUGUGACCUGAGAACGGGCUCGAGCACUCACAUCCUGAACGGCCACCGGAACGCGGUGCUCGCAGCUCGCUGGUCGACGCGGCACGAGUUUGUCCUGGCUACUGGAAGUCGUGAUAACAGUGCGAAGUUGUGGGACGUAAGGAAGGCCACUGGCUGUUUGCUCACCCUGGAUCAGCACAAGGGUGAGGCCUGGGGAGGCUCCAAGUCCUCGAGCAGCAGAGACCGCAGCGGAACACAGACAUCACACGGCGGACACGUCAACGGGCUCUGCUUCACCAAGGAUGGGCUCCACCUCCUCACCCUGGGCACGGACGACCGCCUCAAGCUCUGGAGGACCGACACGGGCACAAACCUUCUGGUGAACUACGGCCGGGUCAGCAACGGUUCCCGCAAAGGGGUGAAGUUCGCCGUGUCGGCAGACUGCUCGCCAGACCUCGUGUUUAUUCCGAUGGGCAGUCAUGUAACUGCGUUUGAGAUCUACUCCGGGCGGGCACACACCCAGCUCAGUGGCCACUACAACAAGGUCAACUGCUGUGAAUAUUAUUCAGACUUCCAGGAGCUGUAUAGUGGCGGUAAUGACAGUAACAUCCUGGUCUGGGUGCCCAACAUGGGCAGGACUCAACCGGAGGAGGAAGAAACAGACAAGAAGUCUGGAAGCAAGCAGCGCAGUGGCUUCCAGGAUUCCUGGAGCAAUAGCGAUGAAGAUUAAGUUGGACGGGGACCACCAGCUGAUGAUGACGAUGAUGACAACGCAUGUAUACGUAUUUUUACUGCAUCAUUUUUUCUCUGCGUCCAGUUGUACAAUUUUUUUUUUAAUGUAAUAAGAUAACGGUGGGUUUACACUUUUAUACCAUGUGCCGAUGGAGUCGAAUAAUGGCGUCUUAUCAUAGCACAUUAAAAAGUGUGAUAACUUUUUUGCUUUAAUUAAGACGUGAGUGACUUAUACUGGGAGUGUUUUUUUCUUGUUCUCGUUAUUGUCCAAGUGGGUGUAGGUGCAAUGUCUUGAUCUGAAAGCUGCCUUAAUGGGUAGAGUUUAACUGGUUCCGGUUUAUUGAGCAGCAGAGCACGAAGCCAGCAGAAACUUAGUCCAUAUCCUUUAGUAUUUACGUGUUAUGUGAAGGAGUACAGAGUAGCUUGUUACAUAUUGAUCCACACAAGUUUGACAGUAGCUUCCUGUUCGUUGAGUAGCAAAGCCAAUAGGACUGGGGUGGGGUCAUACAAUUUCGCUAUUACACUGUUGUCCUUUCCCCGUAAUUCCGAUUAACACGGUUGGCUACGUACAGUGCGACCAACAUACACACGUACAUACCUCAGCUGGGGUCUUCAAUGAUGGCUUGGCUAUGCAGACAGGUGCACAUCUAUGUUAAAACACGAUCAUUGCCAACUCGACGUGUCACAUUUAUUGUAAUGUGGAUUUAUUUAACAAUACCAGUGGGUGAGUAUGGACGUAAUGAUGCAGCAGUUCAUAAAUAUAUAUUUCAGCUCAAUACAUUAAUUUGAUUCACAUGUUUUAAUGUAAGUGGUUCACAGGACCCCUCACACUUUUAAGAGGGCAAUAUAAUUCACAGUUUAAAGAUGCUGUUUUCUUGAAUCAAAUUCUGAUCCUACUGAAUGGUUACGUUUUUAUUGCAAGGGGUGGGUAUGAACUAUAUUACCUGUCGAUCAUAAUGAUGAUUGUAUAACUCUGGCUCCCUUAUCCUCACGCAGUGACUGUACUGCAAUGGGAACACCGGGGGGGCGGAUGGACACAUUUUUAACGUCACCUCACAAGUAACUUUCACGGAAUGUGAUGCUUCAAUUUCAACCAACGUGAACGUUGACGGUGCAAGGUGGUGGAACCGGGAUUGGUGACAUUUCACUUGGCACUCGGUACCUCUUAGGGCAGCGGUCGGGAACCUAUGGCUCGCGAGUCAUAUAUGGCUCUUCCGGUGACGGCAUAUGGCUCCCAGACAAUUUUGAGUUGAAAAAAAUAAAAAUAAAAAAAAUCAGUUUGGAACUGAUUUUAAAAUACUUGUGAUAUUGCUUAAUAAUAUUUGUGUCAUUUAAAAGUAAACAGAAAUUAGUUUUGAAGAUAAAUUUCACGGGUCACGCCUGCACGAAGCUCAACCUCACCACGUACGAACCAGACUACAAGGCCAACAGCAAAACCAUGCAGCACCAGAAGUCGCAUUAAAAGUAAGACAUAUUUAAUUUAUUAUACGUUAAAAAUACUAUAUGGCUCUCAAUGAAAUAUAUUUAGAAAUAUUUGGCUUUUAUGGCUCUCCCAGUCAAAAAGGUUCCCGACCCCUGUCUUAGGGGCAGCAAACCGAGGAAUCGCCCCUCCAACCCUUCAUUCACAUCCAGGUCCCUUCACACACCAUGUGAUGUUUAGCCGGUGCUGCUGCUGCUUCUACUAAAUGUGGCGAUCAUCAACCCAACCCUCUCGUUAAUGUGAUUCAACGUUUGGAGGCCAUAUUUCCCUAUUUAACUACCACAUCGGCGCCAUUCAGAAGCGAGAUCCUGCCAUGGGAUAUUUCGCACAUGUUGAAUUUGUUCAGAAAGUAUGAGAUACGUGGUAUUUUUUUAUCCUUUGGAUAUCGAUCUCUUAUAAAGGGUGGAUAAUAUAUUUAAGCACCAGUCCCUCGCACACAACUAGUUCUCCAGCUUGUCAAGUGUACAUAGUUCAUAGCAGGAUACGUCGAUCACUGGCCUGAGUCACACCUUGUGCCAAUUUAAUAUUUAGAAAUGGACCUCAAGCAAAAACUGGCAAGUUGUGGAGGACGGUGUGAAUGUGAUGAGGCCAACAUUCGUCGGAUGUGCUGCUCAUUUGUGAGCUGGUUUGUUUCACUUUUAUAUUUAUCACCACCAUUCCUCAGUUUAAAAAUUGUAAUAAGUUAUCCCAUUGGCCGUUAAAGCACAUGACAUUUCACCAAUCCUGUGCUAUCCCCAUGUAAAUGAAAUCUCAGAGUGUCACACUGAACGUUCUUUCUUCAGCUGAGGGUGGGUGAUGGCAAGUCAUGAGAUGCUGGUUAGAUAUGUAUUCAGCCCCCCCACUGCUAGACGUGAUCACCAACAGCUUCCCUUUCAGUGGUGAUGUGCUGUCUCUAAUGUGCCCUUGCAGGCACUUGGUAUCGACAUUAUCACAAGGGACCAUCUGUUUAACACGUAGGCUUUCGCGACCAAUGUUAUUCAUAAUCAACGUUUUUGGGUUUAGAUCGCGUUUAUUUAUAAAUGUGUCGUAACCCUCCACCACCCGACACGGCCAAUCAGUAAAAAUGUGUCACGUUGACAAAGACAAAUAGUUCACUGCUUUAGCCCACCGGUGUGUUGAAGCCACAACAUUUACAAUUUGAGUACGACGUUUCGCUGGUAAUUGCAACCAGCAUCAUCGGGCAAUUCGCCAGAAUGGUGAGGCUCUGCUGUGUCUCCCGUUCUUAUAUAGAGCAGCAGCAGCGUGACGUCAUCAUUAACUCAUUAACUCAUCAGGUGCAAAGAUUCAAGGGGGGAGUGAUUGUAAUUAUAUACUAGAUUAGUAAUCAGGCUAUUGUUACGAUAUGAGAUUAGUCGAUUAGUAAUCAUGUGGAAUGUGUUUUAUUGUGGUUAUGCUACAUUAGUAAUCAGUUAGUGGUUGUUUCCCUUAUAAGUAAUUGUAAUGUAUCUUAUUUAAUAAUACGCUUCCAGGCCGCACUAAGCCUGUAGCUGUCUGAGCGAUUAAAGUUAUUUCUGUUUCUCUCAAUUUCAAUCGAUUCUCUAAUUAGUCUUUGCCAGUAGUAACUAGUUUUACACAACACUUCCACGUUGUCAAAAUCAAUUGAGUGUCCCUGUUGGCAUGCAUGUUCUGCUACUGCCGACAGUUGUGUUUGUGAUAGUUUAAUAUUUCUCUGGUGUUUUAGUCUUACACUAACGUUACGCCCUGUCUGUCCAAUAUAGCAUCUGCCACAUACACAAUUAAUCCGAUAUACACCUUCUGUUGAUAAUUUAGGUAAUUCGUCUUUAGUGCACGUUACUAGUUGUUGAAUUUUGUGUACUGUACCAAAUCUUACUGUAAUGUUUUGCUUUUGCAAAACACGGGCUAAUUUAUCAGUUACUCCUGAGAUAAAUGGUAUUUUUAUUGUUUUAAUAAUCUGAUCGCUUUCAGCAGUGUUGCUUUGCGAUCGUGAUUUGGCUUUUAGUGCUCUGUUAAUUUGAGCAUUAUUGUAGCCAUUCUGUCUUAGUGCUUCUUUAACAUGUUUAAUCUCUCUCACUAGACUUUCACCAUCUGACACUGUUUUAGCCCGAUGUAUGAGCGUCUUGAUAAGAGAGGAUUUCUGAGCUGGGUGAUGAUGCGAAUCUGCAUUCAGAUAGGCAUCAGUGUGCGUUGGCUUUCUGUAAACGCUGUGUGUUAUUUUACCGUUUGGGCCAUGCCCAAGUAAAAUAUCCAGGAACGGGAGUGUGUUAUUCACCUCCAUUUCCAUGGUGAACUGAAUGGCCGGGUUUUGUGCAUUGAGAUGAUUUAGAAAAUCGUUAAGUGUAUCUUUACCAUGUGGCCAGACAACCAAAGUGUCAUCCACAUAUCUAAACCAAAAGGAUGGUUUUAAUGUGCUCGAGGCAAGUGCUCUGGUUUCAAAGUUUUCCAUGUACAAAUUUGCUAUAGCAGGAGAUAAAGGAGAGCCCAUUGCUGCUCCCUCCCUUUGUUUAAAGAAUUCGCCUCUCCAUAAGAAGUAAGUGUUAUUUAAACAAUGGUCUGCGAGUUUCGGAAUAUCUUUUGGUAAACCUGUAUUCUUUACCAGUGUAUCAAGUAAUUUAAGCGACUCGCUCACUGGAACCUUAGUGAAUAGCGAAAUCACGUCAAAACUCACCAAAAUAUCAUUUUGGUGAGUUUUGACGUGUCAGUACAAUUGGCUCUGCCACCUAUAAAUUAGCAAAAUAUGUAACUAAACAAAUUCAGCCUUACAUCGGUAGGACAUCAUCAUUCAUAAGAAAUUCAGAACAUCUUGUGAAUAUGAUCAAAGAUAUUAAACUUAACCCUAAUGAUAUUUUGAUGAUGCUGGUUGCAAUUACCAGCGAAACGUCGUACUCAAAUUGUAAAUGUUGUGGCUUCAACACACCGGUGGGCUAAAGCAGUGAACUAUUUGUCUUUGUCAACGUGACACAUUUUUACUGAUUGGCCGUGUCGGGUGGUGGAGGGUUACGACACAUUUAUAAAUAAACGCGAUCUAAACCCAAAAACGUUGAUUAUGAAGGGACCAUCUGUGAACUUUACUGAGCACAAGUUUGGGAGCUGCAGUCAUUACCAGAACAUGCAGUCUGUAUCAAUGGUUUUCAAUGUUCGUUUAUUAAAGGACUCUUCCACUG